AUGACUUACCAAUAUCUAAUGUCUCCAGAUGGACCUCUAAUAUUUGGAGACCGUACGGAAAACACAAUUGUUGGUUUUUGUUUAUUAGUUGUUGUUCUUCUACUUUAUUAUCUUAUUCGACGAUCUCAAGCGAAAACUCGAUCAAAUGAAAACACUAAUCGAUUUCGUAAACGUGAUAAAGUUCUUCAUUAUGGAAAAAGAUUUCUUCGAACAAUGCGAUCAUACUCGUCAACAGCUCGAAACCGUAUUCGACGUAAAACAAAAAGAUCUCAUCAACAAAGAACACCAUCCGAAUUAACCUACACAUUACCACGUAAACCUCCUGAAUUUUUACUUGAUACUGAUGGUGACACAACAACUACAUCAAAUCAAUGUCAGAUUCCAGCUGAAAUACUUUAUUUAUUAAAAAGUGUCAAGGUUUUUGGUCAUUUUGAACGUCCAAUUUUUCUUGAAUUGUGCAGGUCUUUGGAAAGUAAAAUAGUUCUUGCUGGUGCUUAUCUUUUUCGCAUUGGAGAUGCUGAUGAUAGUUUAUAUGUUGUACAAAAAGGACUUUUACAUGUAUUUAUAACUGAUGAAAGACAUCAUCGACAUUUAAUAAAAGAAUGUGUUGAAAGUGAUACAGUUUUUUCUCUGUUAAGUAUGGUCGAUGUAAUGACUGGUCACAGUAAACCAUUUAAAACUGUUAGUUGCAAAGCAAUUGAAGAUAGUGUUGUACUUAAAUUACCAGCUGCAGCUUUUCUUAAUGUAUUCAAAGAAUAUCCUGAAUGUAUGGUUCGAAUUAUUCAAAUAUUGAUGAUUCGACUUCAACGUGUAACAUUUCUUGCACUUCAUAAUUAUUUGGGUUUAACAACUGAAUUAACUCAUUCACAUUAUGUCCCUCCACAAGAUCAAACCAUGCAUGAUACACAAAAUAAUCAUUAUAAACGAAAUCAUCAACGAAUUAAUACUCAUUCUACAAGCGUUCCUUAUGCAACAACGAUUUCAAUUGAUACAUUAAGUAAUACGCAAAAUGAUUUAAUUGAUAAUGAAAAUUUUCGAUCAUUAACAUCUAUUCCAACUACAUCGAAUAAUUCACCAUCAUCGACUCAAACUGAUAUAGCAACGAUACCUGAAAUGGAUGAUAAUAAAAAUGGAUUUGACAAUAUCGAAGCAUCAUCAAGUACUGAACAAACAGCAUCUAUUCAGAUAUCAACACAAAAACUUUCAAAGACUUUUUCUAAUCAACGAUCAAUGAGUGCUAUUGAAGAUCAUCAUAUGAAACCAGAUUUUGAAGAAGCAGCAGCACGCGCUCGUGUUAAAAAUUCAUUAGAUACAACAUUCUUUCAAAAACAUAAAAUAAGUUAUCCAAAUGUAUCAAAUAAUCGAGCAACGAAUUCAUCUGCUUCACGACGACGAACAAGUUUUUCUGAUCCUGAAUCCGCAAAUAUUUAUGCACGAUCAUUAGGAUCAGGCAGUGACAGUGGUGGAAGUGAAUAUAAUGAAGGAAUUGAUGAUUCCGAUCUUCAAAGUGAAUGGCCACAAAUUCGAAAAGCUUUAGCAACAGCACUUGGUUUUGAAGGAGAUUUAGCAUUACUCGAUACUAAAGCUCAUUUACAUCGUUUACCUGAUAGAUAUACAUUAGUUAAAGAAGGUGAACAAUUGAAUAAAUUAUUUUUUGUUAUACAUGGUUCAAUAGCAGCUUAUAUGAAAGAAAUAAUUGGACCAAAAAAAGAACGUGUAAUGUUUACAAGUCAAACUAAUGAAAUCAGUGGUCUUGUUAGUGUUCUUACUGGUGAACCAACAUUAUUUUCAUAUCGUACUCAUGGUUUAACAGAUAUUUGUACGAUAACAAAAGAAAAUUUUUAUGAUCUUAUGCGUAUUCAGCCAAAUCUUGUUUUACCAAUAGCAGCUAUGAUGGUUCAACGGAUGUCACCAUUAGUACGUCAAAUUGAUUUUGCUCUUGAAUGGAUGCUAGUUGAAGCUGGAAAAGCUUUAUAUCGACAAGAUUAUAAACCACAAAAUGUUUAUAUUGUUCUUAAUGGUCGUGUUCGAAGUGUUUUAUUAACACAUGAUAAAAAACGACGAGAAUUAAUUGGUGAACAUGGUCGUGGAGAAAUGGUUGGUCUUAUUGAAGUCUUAAUGGAAAUGCCUAGACAAUCGACAACAAUUGCUGUUCGUGAUACGGAAUUAGCUGUGAUACCAUCUGGACUAUUGAAUUAUAUAAAAUGGCGUCAUCCACGUGUUGUUUCUCAUUUAAUUCAUGUAUUAUCACAAAAAAUCUAUGGAACUAUGCAAAAUACAUUAACAAGUCGUGUUGGUUUAGGAAUGCCGUUAGCUGAUGAUGAAUUUCAAGAACAAGCAGCAGCAUUAAAUAAAAAUUUAUCGACUGUUGCAAUUGUUGCUGCAUCUGAUGAUGUUCCACUUGAUUCAUUUACUUGUGAACUUGUUCAUAGUCUUUUAGCUAUUGGUCCAACACUUCAUUUAACACAACAAUUAAUUAUUGAUCGUUUUGGCGUUAGUGCAUUUGAAAGUAUUAAUGAUUAUCGUUUAAGUGCGUGGCUUGGUCAACAAGAAGAAUUGCACAGAAUUGUUGUCUAUCAAUGUGAUAAACAAUUAACACCAUGGACAAAACGAUCACUUCGACAAGCUGAUUGUAUUCUCAUUGUUGGUAUUGGAUGGAAAGAACCAGUAAAACGAUCGGUUGAACAUGAAAUCGAACGAAUAGCAGUUCGAGCUCAGAAAGAAUUAAUACUUCUACAUCGUAUGGGUAGUUUAAAACCAAAAGGUACAGCUGAAUGGUUAAAAGAACGUAAUUGGUGUACAUUUCAUCAUCAUGUUCGAUGUCCAGAACGUGUUUUUCAAAAUAUUAAUUUAAAAUGUUGGAAUGAUUAUACAGAUUUACUUGAACCAGAUCCAGAUCCAACAACUGAUUUUGCUCGUAUGGCUCGUUUUCUAAGUGGUACAGCUAUCGGUCUUGUCUUGGGUGGUGGUGGAGCCCGAGGUUGUGCACAUGUUGGAAUGAUUCAAGCCAUGCAUGAAGCUGGUAUACCCAUUGAUUUAAUUGGUGGAACAAGUAUCGGAGCAUUUAUGGGAGCUUUGUGGGCUGAUGAAUUAAAUAUCAAAGGUUAUGUUGAAAGGGCAAGCGCUUGGUGCAAAAAAAUGACAUCUUUUUGGAGAAAACUUCUUGAUUUAACAUAUCCAAUAACAAGCAUGUUUACAGCUACAUUUAAUGAAACUAUUGAAGAAGCUUUACUUGAUGUUCAAAUAGAAGAUUUAUGGAUUCCAUAUUUUUGUAUAACAACUGAUAUAUCAGCAUCAAAAAUGCGUGUACAUACAACAGGUACUAUAAAAAUUCUUUUAUUGAUGUUUGCUUGGCGUUAUGUACGUGCAUCGAUGACUUAUGCAUUUUAUCUUCCACCUAUGUGUGAUCCAUGUGAUGGACAUCUUCUUGUAGAUGGUUGUUAUGUGAACAAUCUUCCUGGAUCAUUGUGGCGAUAUGUUAGAGCAUCAAUGAGUCUUUCGGGUUAUUUUCCUCCAUUAUGUGAUCCCAAUGAUGGACAUUUAUUACUUGAUGGUGGAUAUGUAAAUAAUUUACCGGCGGAUGUAAUGUAUAAGCUUGGCGCACAUACUGUUCUUGCUGUUGAUGUUGGUGCACAAGAUGAACAAAAUUUUUAUAAUUUUGGUGAUCAACUUUCUGGUUGGUGGAUUUUAUAUAAACGUUGGAAUAUAUGGUCGGCACCUGUUAAAAUUCCUGAAUUAAGUGAAAUUCAAACUCGUCUUGCUUAUGUAUCAUGUCAACGGCAAUUAGAAAUAGUAAAAAAUUCGAAUUAUUGUGAAUAUUUACGUCCACCUAUUGAUCGUUAUCGAACUUUACAAUUUGGUUCAUUUGAUGAAAUUCGAGAAGUGGGUUAUCAUCAUGGCAAAGCUGUUUUUCAUGGUUGGUCAAAACUAGAAUCAUAUGAUGCUGUUUUUCUUAAACAAAAACUUCAUUCAUCUAGAGAAAAACUAUUACGACUACGUAAACAAGAAUCGACUGGAGCAAAGUUUAUUGAUCUAGCUGAAUUAAUAACUCGAGUACGUGAACCACCAAAAGAUGAUUAUGACGACGACGACGAUGAUGAUGAUGGUGAUGAUGAUGAUGAAAUUGCAACAACAAACACCGAAGAUUCACAUACUUCAAUUUCAAGUAAUACAAAGCCUCGUACAAGAAAAAUAUCACAUACAAAUAAUAGAUGGCUUAGUAAUGUUGGUGGUGGUUUAAGACGUUAUAGAAGACGUGUUCGAUUAAUUUCUCGUCCUGAAACACCACCUAUAAUCGUUCAAGGAGAUAGUCGACAAAUAUUACCUGUAGUUAAUCCCAAUGAUGACAAUUAA